AUGGAGUGGAGUCUGUCCGGACAAGUUGCCAGUUUCGUUUCUAAGCAGCUGCAGCCAGCACCCCCAUCCGGUUCGAAACCAAAACGUGCAGGACUUCGGCGAGCUUUGUAUGCAUCCAAGAUCACAGAGUCGUUAACCCCGCGGCAGCAGACAGCGACAGAGGUGGGCCUGCAGCGGAAAGCAUGUAUCCUUGGGCAUUUCUCGAACGACCGCCCAACUCCGGCCUUGUAUGACAAGGCCUACGAUUUCAUGAGUCGCGGGUUUGCCGAGAUGGAGCCCGCGUCCGCCCGGCGUGCAGGCACUGAUGUGGGGGCGGGUGAAGCAGCAGAGGAUGAGGAGGUGCUGAUCCCUCCGCUGCUUUUGCGGAUUAGAGUUGCCAAAUCCGUUCGAGACUAUGAGGCCAUGCGCGACGCCGACUCUCCGCCACCGGAGGCGCUGGUCCAUGGUGUACGCAGCUUGCGUAGUCUCCAGCAAAUCAGGGAGGAGGAGUCAGCAGCCACAAAGAUUCAGGCCAAGUUUCGACAGAAACAGGCUGCAGGUGAGGUUCAGCGACUCAAGGAGCAGCAAAAGGAGGAGAGUGAAGCGGCGGCAAGAAUUCAGGCAAAGUAUCGUGGCCGACAAGCAGAGAAGCAGGUCCAGGAGAUGCGAGAACAGAAACAAGCAGCAACAGCAAUUCAAUCACGCUAUCGACAGCGAGCAGCUGAACGUCGUCAGAAGGAGCAGGAGACGGCCUCUGCCACAAGAAUCCAAUCCAAAUUCAGGCAGAAGCAGGCUGCCAGCGAAGUGCAAAGCCUGCGGCAAAAGCACUGCGGAGGGAGCAGGGCCCAUGACAGAAAGCAAAUGUUGGACGAGUUCCGUCGGCAGAUUGCGGUAAAGGUUCAAGUGGUCUUGGACUCCGGCAAAGCAAUCAUUAACGUGCACCUGGCUGCCAAAGAAAAGCUGCAGGGUGCUACUGAUGCUACGGGUGACAACAGCGAUAUCCCCAUGAAUGAUGAGACGGCCGGCGCCGCUACCAAAAUCCAGGCCCGAUUCAGGCAGAGGCAAGCAGCACAAGAAGUGGAGGCCAUGCGAAGAGGAAAUGAAAGAGAGAACAACAAAGGGCAAGAGCAGGACACUGCCGAUGGCAACAUUGAUAUCCCCAUGAACGAAGAGACGGCUGGCGCCGCCACCAAAAUCCAGGCAAGAUUCAGGCAGAAGCAGGCAGCUCAAGAAGUGGAGGCCAUGCGAAGAGGAAAUGAAAGAGAGAACAACAAAGGGCAGGAGCAGGACACUGCCGAUGGCAACAUUGAUAUCCCCAUGAACGAAGAGACGGCUGGCGCCGCCACCAAAAUCCAGGCAAGAUUCAGGCAGAAACAGGCAGCCCAGGAGGUGGAGGCAAUGCGAACAGAAAAGGGGCAGGAGAUGCGUGAAGAGCAAGAGCCGGAUGAGCCGGGGCCUGGUGAGAGCAUGGAUAUUCCCGUGACUGAUGAGACGGCUGACGCGGCUACCAAAAUCCAGGCCAAGUUCAGGCAGAAGCAGGCUGCACAGGAAGUAGAGGCGAAGCGUAAAGAGAAAGAAGAAACAGUGGCAGCCGCCACAAAAAUCCAGGCUAAGUUCAGGCAGCAGCAAGCCAAAACUGAAGUCGACGCCUUACGCAAGAAGGGACAAGAGGUACAAGAGGUACAACCAGACAAGUACGAGACAGAUGUCGAUCUUGAGGGCGACUUAACCAGGCCAGAUGAACAAGUCAGCGAAGUCGAAGCAAUGCUGAAGGAAAAAGAGAAGGAGCAGCACCACCUGGUGGAGGAAAAGUCGGAAAGGGUGGAAGGUAUGUUCGGCACACAGCAGGAGAAGCGGCCCAUGGCGUUCAGUCCUGCGAUUCCUGAAGGUGAUGAAGAGUGA